ACAAAUGCUUGUCGUACAUGAAUUUAAUGUCUACUUGAACCGAAGAUGUGAAAAUAGCUUCUACAGAUUGAAAAAUAUUGUUUGAAUAUGCGGUCAUUUUUUAUUGUUGCUGUAAUAACAUUUUUAUGUAAACUACCCACAAAUACUUUAGGGGAUGACUACGAUUAUUAUGCUGGCGAAGAGGUCAAAUACUUUGAUCUUAGAGGCAAAUUAAGACAAAGUUUCGCACUCGAAGCUGUGUUAUUAAAGCCUCAUAGCAGUAUCAUUUGUUCUCCGAUUUCUGCUUUAUUGCCCAUCGGUAAACUAGCCUUGGGAGCAGAGGGUAAAACCCUUGAUGAACUAAUAAAAGCCGUCGGAGUGCAGUCGGAUUUCUCCAUGGAGUAUGAGACUUCUAUAGAGGGGAUCGAAUAUCAUUUUAAGAUCGUUCUAAGUAUACUCCAAUUUUUGCCGGGCGUUAUUUUGGACUUGGCUAAUAAACUUUACGUGUCGAAUAAAUAUCGUCUCCGUUCAAAGUUUUCUAAAUUGGCAAAAAGCAUUUUCAAUUCAUCAGUAGAAGAGGUCGACUUUGAGGAUACUCAAAGAGUAUUAAAUAACAUCAAUGGCUGGGUGGCAUCGGAAACCCACGGCAUGAUACCCUCAAUACUAUCAUCUAAUGACAUCUCUUCUGACUCUUCUUUGAUCGUUGUAAAUGCUAUUUAUUUUGCGGGUAAAUGGAAAUACCCUUUUCCGUGGGUCAAUGUCGGGACUUUUCAUUCGGCGCAUGGCACGAGAGAAAUCCCCAUGAUGUCCCAUACGAUGGACUAUGAGUACACUUUCAGCACACCUUUAAUGGCGCAGAUAAUAAAUAUACCAUACCAUGGCAACAAAGCUUCGUUCCUCUUAAUACUUCCAAAGGAGAGAAACGAACUGGAUCUUGUCAUGGAACGUUUGAAAAACGAACCGAAUCUGUUGUCUUGGGCUAUAUCGAAGAUGGAAAAAACAAGACUUAAGUUAACGAUGCCUAAAUUUAAAAUCGAAUCCGAAUGGAAUCUUCGUGACUUGUAUAAAAAGAUAGGAAUAAGUACAAUAUUCAAAAAGGAUAAAUCUCAACUGAAGAAUAUUGUAAAGAACGAAACUCUAGUUGUCUCUGCGGCGAUACAGAAGGCCGUCAUAGAGGUAAAUGAAUUUGGCACAGAAGCCGCCGCGUCAUCUGCUAUAUCAAUAGUAAAUCUAUCGUACAUGGAGCCAAUAGUAAUAAAAGCUGACCAUCCUUUCCUGUUCUACGUACUUGGAAAAAAUCAACAAUUAUUCUCUGGAGUAUUUAAAGGACCUUCAUAAA